AUGACGUUGCGGACCCGGAAAGCCGCUCGCAGCUUGUUGUCGUCGCAGCAGCUCAGCUGAUUUUUGCCCCGCACCGUCAGGAACAGAGAGUCUCGGACGGUAUCGGAGCCGCCGCCACCGCCACCGCCGCCGUUCUUCGGGUCGUCGUUGUGUUGUCGCCGUCAUGAACGUGACGCUCGCCGUGAAACAGUACAUCUCCAAGAUGGUGGAGAGCAGCGGGCCCGGGAUGAAGGUGCUGCUGAUGGACAGAGAGACGACCAGCAUAGUGAGUAUGGUGUACACUCAGUCUGAGAUCCUGCAGAAGGAGGUUUACUUGUUUGAACGGAUCGACUCUCAGAACAGAGACAGCAUGAAACACCUGAAGGCGAUCUGCUUCCUCAGACCCACCAAGGAGAAUGUAGAACAUCUGAUCCAGGAGCUGAGGAGACCAAAGUACAGCGUCUACUUCAUCUACUUCAGUAAUGUGAUCAGUAAGAGUGAGAUCAAAGCUCUGGCUGAAGCUGAUGAACAGGAGGUGGUGGCUGAAGUCCAGGAGUUUUAUGGAGACUUCAUCGCAGUGAAUCCUCACCUGUUCUCCCUCAACCUGCAGGGAGUGACCAGGGGUCGGAGCUGGGAGCCCUCCAUGUUGUCCCGCUGUACUCAGGGUCUGACCUCCGUCCUCCUCGCUCUAAAGAAAUGUCCAAUGAUCCGCUACCAGCUGUCCUCGGACAUGUCCAAACGCCUGGCCGAGAGCGUCAAGCAAAUCAUCACAAAGGAGUACGAGCUGUUUGACUUCAGGAAGACUGAAGUUCCUCCCCUGCUGCUGAUCCUCGACCGGAGCGACGACGCCAUCACACCUCUGCUCAACCAGUGGACCUACCAGGCGAUGGUCCACGAGCUGCUGGGUCUGAACAACAACAGGAUCGACCUAUCCAGAGUUCCUGGGAUCAGCAAAGACCUGAGAGAGGUGGUUCUGUCCGCAGAGAAUGACGAGUUCUACGCCAACAACCUGUACCUGAACUUUGGAGAGAUCGGCACCAACAUAAAGAACCUGAUGGAAGAUUUCCAGAAGAAGAGACCUAAAGGACACCAGAAGCUGGAGUCCAUCUCUGACAUGAAGGCGUUUGUAGAUAACUACCCUCAGUUUAAGAAGAUGUCGGGCACCGUGUCCAAACACGUGACGGUGGUGGGGGAGUUGUCUCGGCUGGUGUCGGAACGUCAGCUGAUGGAGGUGUCAGAGGUGGAGCAGGAGCUGGCCUGUCAGAACGACCACUCCAACGCUCAGCAGAUUGUUCGCCGUCUGCUGCAGAACCCGCGUCUCUCGGAGCUGGACGCCGUCCGCCUCGUCAUGCUCUACGCCCUGAGAUAUGAACGCCACAGCAGCAGCAUCCUCCCAUCGCUGAUGGAUGAGCUGAGCAGGAGAGGAGUGUCUGAGCGUCACCGCAGGAUGGUUCAGUCUGUUGUGGAGUACGGAGGGAAAAGAGUUAGAGGAAGUGACCUCGUCACGCCGACAGACGCCGUCGCCAUCACCAAACAGUUCUUCAAAGGACUCAAGGGGGUGGAGAACGUGUACACUCAGCAUCAGCCUCUGCUUCACGACACUCUGGAUCAGCUGAUUAAAGGUCGACUCAAAGACAGUCAGUUUCCAUACCUGGGAGCCAGCAGUCUCAGAGACAGGCCUCAGGACAUUAUCGUGUUUCUGAUUGGUGGAGCCACGUAUGAAGAAGCUCUGACUGUUUACAACCUGAACCGCAGCACACCUGGAGUCCGCAUCGUCCUGGGAGGAAGCAGCAUCCACAACACAAAGAGUUUCCUGGAGGAAGUCAUGUUGGCGACGGGUCACGGUGCCGACAGACCACAAGGAAGUGGUCGCCACGGCAACAGACGCUGAACACACACACAGGCAGGCUCCAGAAUGGCUCGCUGGAUAAAAAACAACAUUCCCAACAUUUCGUGUCUGUUUUUGUUUAAAGGAGCAGUCCAAAAUGUCUCCGAUUCUCCCAGUCCAGAGCCGUUUCUGCUUUUUUUUCCUCCCUGUUUACAGACUCGAGGAGUCAGAAAAUUAGGAACACCUCUGAGUCUGACACAGUCCAGUGCAUCUCCAUCAGUGACCCUGAGCUCAGCGAUGAAACCCUGAACUGAAUGAACAAGAAAAGCUGAACAUUGGAGGCGUCAGAGCAGGAGACUGCGCUGGACUGCAUCAGACUGUGCAGGUGUACCUAAUAAAGUGGACACUGAGUGUAUGUUGCAUAUUAUUCAAGCCAACGUGUUGGCUCAGAGAGGCUCUAACAAAAGGAAACGACGACACGGAUUUGUUCCAAGCUGCUUCGGGUACCUGGACCCCAGUGCGCCUGCGAUACCUGUCUGAAGCAAAGGCAACAUGAACACACCCUCCACCAGCCGGUGACUUGUUCAUUCAGAUUUGUUUAUCGGGUGGAAUGUCCCUUUAAAAUGUCUGCGAAUGUUUUAAGUUAAAAGCACCAAUAAAUAAGAACUGUG